AUGGCAGUCCGACCACCACAACCACUAACCCAACACCGUCCCCCGCGUCCAACAAGACGAGGCCCCGCACACCCUGGUCCAAGCACAAACAGCAAUAAGAUAGCCAGCGGGAUAUCCGGUAUAACAGUCAAGCGACUAAUCUGGACAGGUGCCUUCGCCGCCGUCACCAUCGUCGGCGCCAUCUACGGCGCGGGUCUAAAGACACAAUCCGAUUUCAAGCAGGAGAAGCGCCAGAUCGUUGAGGCUACUCCCGAGGACCGUAUCCGCUAUCUCGAGGCCCGUCGCGCCGCCCUCGUCGCCCAGAAAUUCCCGUUCGAGAGGAAGUUGGCUGAUCUGAGGGCAAGGAUGAGCGCGCAGGAGGGAAAGGCUGAGGAGGCGGAUAAGAAAUGA